AGCCAACGAACAUGCUGGACGUGAGGGCCAUUCUGUGGCUUGAGACCUACCUCCAGACCUGGCAGUCGACCAUCCUGGUGGUGUCCCACGACAGGAACUUCCUGAACGCGGUGGCCACGGACAUCAUCCACCUGCACUCACAGCGGCUGGACACGUACCGCGGGGACUUUGAGAACUUCAUGAAGAUCAAGGAGGAGCGGCUGAAGAACCAGCAGCGGGAGUACGAAGCCCAGCAGCAGUACCGCGAGCACAUCCAGGUUUUCAUUGACCGCUUUCGCUACAAUGCCAACCGGGCGUCCCAAGUGCAGAGCAAGCUCAAGCUGCUGGAGAAGCUGCCGGAGCUGAAACCUGUGGACAAGGAGUCUGAGGUGAUCAUGAAGUUCCCUGAUGGCUUUGAGAAGUUCUCCCCGCCGAUCCUGCAGCUAGAUGAAGUAGACUUCUAUUACGACCCAAGUCACUACAUCUUCCGUUCCCUCUCUGUCUCCGCUGACCUGGAGUCCCGCAUCUGCGUGGUUGGGGAAAACGGAGCUGGCAAGUCGACCAUGCUAAAGAUCUUACUGGGGGAGCUGGCACCAGUCAGAGGGAUCAGACACGCUCACAGAAACCUCAAGAUCGGUUAUUUCAGCCAGCACCACGUGGAUCAACUGGACUUGAACAUCAGCGCUGUGGAGCUGCUGGCAAAAAAGUUCCCAGGGAAGACGGAGGAGGAGUACCGGCACCAGCUGGGGAGCUACGGCGUGUCGGGGGAGCUGGCCGUGCGGCCCGUGGCCAGCCUGUCCGGAGGCCAGAAGAGUCGCGUGGCCUUUGCGCAGAUGACAAUGUCCUGCCCAAACUUCUACAUCCUGGAUGAGCCGACAAAUCACCUGGACAUGGAGACCAUCGAGGCGCUCGCAAAGGCACUGAAUAAAUUCCGGGGUGGUGUCAUUCUGGUGUCCCACGACGAGCGCUUCAUCCGCCUGGUGUGCCAGGAGCUGUGGGUGUGCGAGAACGCCACCGUGACCCGCAUCGAGGGUGGCUUUGACCAGUACAGAGACAUCCUGAAGGAGCAGUUCCGGAAGGAGGGUUUCCUAUAA